AUGAAUCAUCAGCAGGGCAAAAAUGCCGAAGUCCAUCGAAAUUCGAAAUUUCGCCCGGAAUCAUCGACCAUGUCGAAGUCCGAGCGUAUGAGACAAGUGCAGUUCAACGACGUGAGCAUCCCGAGGUAUCAGAACACCUAUCGACUGGCGUCGUUCAACCCGUUCGACGUCGAGGCGGUCGACAAGAUGGUGAUGGAGACGAUGGUGAGCGAGCUGUCGCCGGUGACGUCGUACCAUCCGAAUCACAUGGGGAAAUUGUGCUUGAAGAUUGGAUCGGAUUUGCAAAACGCGCUUUGCAAGAAGGAUUACGACAGGUAUAAAUUAGUGGUGCAGGUGACCAUAGUUCAACGUUCCGAUCAGAGCGUGCACGGGGCGUUUCAAUGCCUCUGGGACGUGGAACGGGACAAUUAUUCCUAUUACGUCUUCGAAAAUAACCACAUACACGCGUGGUGUUGCGUGUUCGGCCUGUAUUACGACUGA